CUUCCCUGCCGGCUCCCGGAAUCAAAUCUCACCUCUUCCCAACAAUGGACUUUUAAGAUCGGAAGCGGAGCAGAGGGACAGGCAGUGAGGCCGAGGGACAAAGGGACACGGACAAGGCGGGUUUUCCACGUUGACGGACUCGCGCUGCUCCUAAUUUCCAUCAGAACCCGGCAGCCCCCAUGGAUAUCAGUGAGGAGAAACAGUCCAGCCUCGUCUCUAAGAGCGAUGAUUUUAAGAAGGCCCUGACGGAGUUUGAGAAGUUGGUGGAGACCACCGUGGUGCAGAAGAAAGAGGAAAGGCUAGGUGUGCUGGUCAAAAAUGAAGAUACCAUCGAUUAUGAUAAAUUCUACGAGAAGGUGAGAGCUCUGUUUGGUCCAGAAGUGAGGAGCCAGGACGUGAAAGCCUUUUACAGGAAAAUCUCCAAUAACCCUGAAGCGCCGAUAGACUGGUGUGAGAUCUUUGGAUACUUUCUUCAGGAAGGCGACAGCCUUGCUUCCCAGCUCGACGAAGAGAACUUUGUUUUCCUUGUUUCCCGGAAACAGAGGGUGGUGAUUUCAGGUGGCAGGAGGCGGGAUGUAAUCAAGGGCAUCGUUAAGGUGCCUCAGCUGGAUUUCCUCAUAACGGCCUCUCAGAAAGGGUGUCUCGUGGUGUUUAACAGCCAGAUGAGAGUUCAGGCUACCAUCAACAUUAUAGAUACUUCCUGGGUUACCGGGUGCGAUUACCUCCCUCAACUCAAGAGGAUUGUGGCUGUCACCGAAAGGACCGUCGUCGUCUGGGAUUAUAAAGCUCAAGGAAACAGUCAGGAUAAUUAUUUUAUCAUCAAACCAAUGGACCACUGUCUCCUCUGCGUCUGCGUGGUGCCCAUGACUGACCAGCUCUGCAGGGAUGACGUCCUGAUGGGGGACGAUGGCGGGUUUGUCAACCGCUUCACUCUAAACAGCGACGACUUCGGACUCAAGCAGUCGAAAACCAAAAAGAAAUUGCAGUCGCAGGUCCUGGACGCGAGGAACUUUACGAAUAUUAAGAGGAAAUUACACACUGACUGGGUUAUGAAAAUCAAGUACCUCCCAGCCCUGAAUUGUUUUGGAUCCUGCUCUCUGGACAGUAUUCAUUCGUUGGUUUUGGACAACUUGCAGAGGCUCGAAGACAACUUGCCGGUCAGAGAGUUUUCUAUUCCCCGAGGAGCCAACAGUUUCACCUACUGCGGAAAAGCCAACGUCAUUGUUACUGGAGGCGACGACAAAGUGCUUCGACUCUGGCAUCCCAACAUCAGCACCAAGCCGGUGGGCAAACUCUUGGGCCACAUGUUCAGCAUCACCGAAAUCGUCACCAACGAGAAAGACCAGCACAUCAUCAGCCUGUCCUCCGCCAAGGUGUUUCGAGUGUGGGAUAUCCAGACACUUACGCUGCUACAGGUUUUCCAUGACAGCCAGGGCGGACCGGGAGACAUGCAGAUCUACGCGAUGAUAUUUGACGUGAAUCACGGCAUGCUUGUUACAGGAUCGUGUGUCAUUGAUAUGUAUCCUUUAACUCGUAUGAUCCAGGACACCAAACAAGUGCCACAUACUCAUGACAGAGACAUCAAUGUCAUGAUUUAUAACCAGGCUUUUCACCAAGUGCUCACUAUCUGCUCCGACUCGAUCAUCAAGGUGUGGGAACUCGAGACGGGCCACCAAAUAUAUCAGAUUUUAGACGCUCACGGGGCCAAUAUUGAGGUGACCUCGGCUGCCAUUGACAAAAGCGGAUUCCAUCUGGCUACCGGGGCCUGCAACGGAACCUUGAAGAUCUGGGAUUUUGGAAGUGGGCAGGAAAUUAAGGUGUUGCCCCAAGGAAAGGACUGGAAAGAGGAUGAACACUGGCUUCGCCAUCUGAUCUUCCUAAGGGCUCGAGAAAAACAUCAGUACCAAGUCCUCGCCUUGGAGCAUAGUGGGAAGAUCAAAGUCAUCCAGGGGAAGGAAGAGGACGCCUGCCUCAUCGUGUCUUGGGAGCUGCCAGACGCCAUCCCGGUUAUGAUCCAAGGGAAUCCCGUCAUUCCCCUGAUGAUGACGGCCAAUCCCAAAGGAGGGAUGGGGCCUUUCCCAGACGUCGAACUGAUGCCGGAAAACGAAUACGUUGACCUCAUCCAACCGGAGGAUUCCGCAGUCCAGAUGGAAGUGAACUGCUUUGACGUGCUGCAGAUGGAAGGAUACAACCUGAUAGCGGCGGCGACAGUGAACGGAAUAAUAAUCCUGUGGGAUUUCGUCAUGGCUACGGUUAAAGAGCUAUACAGACCUGAGGAUGCCCUGGUGAAUAAUCCCGAUUUAGACCCUAAACGCUACAGAGUCAACGCGCUGAUGUUACUUUUCCGCAGCACGGACUUCAUAAGAAAACCUAGCUCAACGUCUCUGACCUCCAUGUCGCAGAGCGAGUCCACCCGAGUGGCAGGAAGUAGCAUCGGGAGCCUGGAAAAGGAAAGCAAGAAGAGCAUACCAGAAAGUGAGAUUUCAGGCCAUCCUGCUUCCCCGCUAGAAGAGCAAGAUCGCUCAGACUCCAGAGAUGAGUCGUAUUUGGUGGGGAAGAAAACAAUGCCCGACAGGUUGAACCAGAGUCAAGAUUCUCCCGACGUGCCUCCCCCAAUACUGGCCACUGCCCACGAGGACGGACAUCUCCGCCUGUGGAACAUCAAGGGUGAACUGCUAAAAGACAUGUUACCUUUCACCAAGCAUUCAGCCAUACCCCUGACUGCGCUGGCCACAGACCUCUACACUAAGGUGCUGCUGGCUGGAAAUAAGGAAGGACACAUUAUUCAGUGGAGCAUCGGAUCCUUCCUGGCCCAGCCCCACGAUGGAAAGCAAUUCAAGCAGAUCCUUUGCUGGCGAAGUCACUCGCUGAAAGUUGUCAGCCUGUUCUACGAAGAGGAGAAAAAAGUGGUGGUGACGGCGUCUCUGGAUGGUUCUGUAAGACUUUGGCAUGCCCGAAAUGGGCAUUACUGUGGCUACCUGGGGCAGCGCAGGGCAUUAGAGCUGACGGAGCCAGGCGACUUCAUUUUGCCCUGUGACAUCAACGAAUAUCCCGUGGAAAUCAAAGAAGAUAACAAGUACAUGAUGGAGAAGAAACAAAAAUACGAAUAUCCUCUCGUCUUCGACCGAAGAAAGUGGAAGCAGUUGAGUCUGAUGCCUGAACUUUUCAAAAAGUCACCUUCCAAGGCGGUUGACGCGGACCAUCAGUACAAGUAUUUCAAGUUUCUGGCUUCCCCCAAGAUCAGAACCCACAUUUUGGAAAGCUCCAAGAGCGGGAACAAAGAAGCUGGCAUCAUAUUUGGCUUUCUGCCCGUCUAUAGGAUCCAGAGUCCCAUUAGCCUGAGGCACCUGCCCCUGAUCGGAGCCGACACGCAGAAAGACUCCAGUGAGAACCUCCAAGUGAAGAAGAAGGGCGCCCGCUUCCCAAACCUGCCACGUAACAUUAUGGGGAUCCAGGGUUUGCUCCAGUUUCUUAAAGAUGCUUCGGAGCCCAUCCACGUGAGGAAGUACAAGGGCCAGACAGUAGCCGUGGACACGUACUGCUGGCUUCACAAAGGAGCCUUCGCUUGUGCCGAGAAGCUGGCAAAGGGCGAACCUACUGAUCAGUACGUCACAUUCUGUAUGAAAUUCGUUAACAUGCUCCUCUCCCAUGGAAUCAAGCCAAUCCUCGUGUUUGACGGUUGUACCUUACCGUCCAAGAAGGAAGUGGAAAAGGCUCGAAGCGAGAGAAGGCAAGCAAACUUCCUGAAGGGGAAACAGUUCCUUCGUGAGGGGAAGGUCUCCGAAGCCAGAGAAUGUUUCAACCGCUGCGUCAAUAUUACCCACAGGAUGGCUCACCAAGUGAUUAAAGCGGCCCGAUCGCAGGGGGUGGACUGCAUUGUUGCCCCGUACGAAGCCGACGCGCAGCUGGCCUUCCUCAACAAGACGGGGAUCGUUCACGCCAUCAUCACCGAGGAUUCGGAUCUCCUGGCGUUUGGGUGCAAAAAGGUGAUUUUGAAAAUGGACAAACUGGGGAACGCCCUGGAAAUCGACCAGGCCCGGCUGGGGAAGUGCCGGCAGCUGGGGGACGUGUUCACCGAAGAGAAGUUCCGCUACAUGUGCAUCCUGUCCGGCUGCGACUACCUGCCGUCCCUGCACGGCAUCGGCCUAGCCAAGGCCUGCCGGCUGCUCCGCACGGCCAACAACCCCGACGUCAUUAAGGUGAUCAAGAAGAUGGGCCACUACCUCAAGAUGAACAUAUCGGUGCCGGAAGACUACAUCGAGGGCUUCAUUCGCGCCAACAACACCUUUCUCUACCAGCUGGUGUUCGAUCCCGUGCGAAGGAAACUCGUGCCCCUGAACGCUUACGAGGACGACGUGGAUCCCGGAACUCUGAGCUACGCGGGGCUACACGUUGGAGAUUCUACCGCUUUCCAGAUCGCCCUCGGAAAUAAAGAUAUCAACACGAUGGAACAAAUCGAUGACUACAGUCCGGACAUUGAGGCGCCUUGCCAGCCAAGGAGUCGUGGCUGGAAUGACCGAGCAGCGCUGGAGAAAACUUCCGGCGCCGGUAGUAUCUGGAACAAGAACUAUCUUUCCACUCCUGAAACGGCCGCAGCGGCAGACCCUCCGCCCCCUUCGAAGAAACCCUCGACCGCAGGCAUGAGAAGAAUAAUUAGUACUAAGGCGUUAAAUCUCCCAAGCAAGCCGCUCUUCGUCAAAAGGCCAAGAAGAGAGGAGCUAUCGGAAGACGACCUGCUGAGACAGUACUCCUUUUCCAACACUAAGAAAGCGAAGAAAGAUCCCAGCCCCGAAGGCAGUCAGCCCCAGGAGGCUUCGGCUCCGGAAGACCCCCGCGGUCAAGGAACCCCCGGCGUUCAGCAGAGGCUGAGGAACAAAUUCGCAUCCUUCCUGCAGAGGAAAAACCAAGCGGACGGGGCGAUUGUCGUUCCCGGGACAAGAAGCAGGUUCUUCUGCGGUCCCGCAAACACCGCCGACGUCUCGGAGGCCAACGAGGCAAGUCAGCCCCCGAGGAUGAACCCGGCAGAGGCAGAGACCCCCCGGGAGGGAGACCAAACCGAGGGGUCCAGUGAGGAGGACCACCAGGACGACAGUAGUGACACCCCUCAGGCCCCUGUCCCCGAGAAAUUCAGCCCGUCCUCGUCCCCGGACCCCGCCGGUUUCAACCCAUCUCCAUCCCCGUCCCCCGACCCCGCUAAAUUCAGCCGAACCUCGUCCCCUGACCCCGCCGAUUUCAGCCGAAACCUGUCCCCCCUGGGGAGGCUGAGAAGCUGCUUCAGCUGGUCUGGAAACCUUCGCGAUUUCUCAAGGACUCCGAGCCCCUCUUCAGACGGAUUCUUCCAGCAGUUUCUCAGAAAGGGCGACUCCCCGUCACCCCUGUCUCGGGACCCCGGCAGUUCUCGUUUCACCCAAGUGAGCGACAGGGCGGAGUCCGGGAGGGGAGACGCGGAGCCUUCCCCGCUCCCCGCAGCGGAGCACCUAUCUCCGGCAUCCCUGAACAGCUCAGCUGCCUCGCUGAGCCCUCGACUGCCUGGCGGGGAUUCGCCUGCAGAAGAAUCUGACUGCCGGUUCAGGGAGUCCGGAGACUGGAGCAGGCAGAGCUCCGGGCUGCACUUGGCCCCGUUGGCCAGGAGGAAUGGCAGCACCGUGAGAAACCAGGUUCCUGGGAUUCUGAAGUCCAAGUCCGCGGGGUCGAUUUGUUCGCCCAGAAACCGCCCCCCGGGGCAAGCCAGAGUCAGCGGGCUGCGGAAGCGACCGGCAGCGGGGCUGAAGAGCUUUGGCCACGAUGUCGAGAACAAGCCGGGCCUGCAGGUCAAAAUCAGCCAACUCUGGAAAAACUUCGAGUUUAAAAAGGAUUCCGAAAAGCUGCCAUCCUGCCGGAAGUCGGACCCGCUGUCCCCGCUCAAAGACAACAUCCAGCUGACUCCGGAAACAGAGGAGGAGGUAUUCAACAAGUCCGAGUGUAGUCGCGUGCAGAGGGCAAUAUUCUAAGGAAUAUUGCCUUCCCUCUUCGCUCGGCUUUGGGAAGGAGGCAGCCUCAGCUGGAGCCGGUGGGUUUCUGCGCUGUCCGCUUCCCAGCCCGACUUUCCCCCCAUCAUGGAUUUCCACCCCGCCCUCCCUAAAAGAUUGCCUGCCUGAUCCAGUGAACUAAACCGUCCCUCUCCCCUCUCUGGCCUCCCCCUCUUCCUGGUCUUCCUUUAAAUUUGAACAAAAAUGAAGACUGA